AUGGGGGGUGUUAACAAGGAAGCAGUUGAACAAUACCUGGAGAACAAUCCACAAUUCGUCAAGGAAUACUUUGACAGGAAGCUCAGGCCAGAAACAAUUGGUGCAAUCUUCAAUGGGGCAAAGGUGGAACUGGGGGUCGGGGCUUCCUUCAAAGACCUGUCCAAGCUGGAGGAGUCCGACAUUAUCUUUGAGCUGGUCGAGGAGCUGCAGGAUGACUCCAAUGUCGAGAAGCAGAUACACAAGAUACUGCAAAGGAUUGUCUCCCUGGUCAGUGCGGACAGAGGCAGCUUGUUCACAUUCAGAUCGAGGAAUGGCAUUGCAGAGCUGGCCACACGACUGUUCAAUGUGACCAGAGACUCCAGCUUUGAGAAGAAUCUUGUGCCUCCCCAAGGCGAGAUUGUUUUCCCAUUGGAUAUCGGGGUAGUGGGAUGGACAGCAAAAACCAAGAAGAUACAAAAUAUUCCUGACGUUACGAAGGAUGUCCACUUUUCUGAAUUUGUUGAUAAACAGACUGGCUACACAACUUCUAACAUGUUAGCUGCCCCUUUGAUGCAGGGGAAGGAGAUAUUAGCCGUCAUCAUGGUGAUCAACAAAAUUGGUGAACUACAAUUCACCAAAGAAGACCAGGAGGUUUUUACAAAAUACCUUAGUUUUGCAUCUUUAGCACUGAAAUACUCACAUUUGAGUUACCUGUACAACGUGGAAAGCCGACGAUCCCAGAUCCUGCUGUGGUCGGCCAACAAGGUAUUUGAAGAACUUACAGACAUUGAACGUCAAUUUCACAAAGCUCUAUACACAGUUCGAGUUUAUUUAAAUGUUGAAAGAUACUCAGUUGCUCUUCUGGACAUGACUAAGCGAAAGGAGUUCUUUGACGAAUGGCCAAUCAAGAUGGGUGAGGUCCCUCCUUACAAAGGCCCGAAGACCCCAGACGGCAGAGAAAUCCACUUUUAUAAGAUCAUUGAUUACUUGUUGGUGGGGAAAGAGGAAAUCAAAGUCAUCCCGUCACCUCCUGCAGAUCAUUGGUCCCUUGUGAGUGGGCUGCCAACCUAUGUUGCUGAAAAUGGCUUUAUCUGUAAUAUGAUGAAUGCACCAGCUGAUGAAUUCUUCACUUUUCAAAAAGAACCUGUGGAUGAAACCGGCUGGAUUAUAAAAAAUGUCUUGUCAUUGCCGAUUGUGAAUAAGAAAGAAGAGAUAGUGGGAAUAGCUACAUUUUACAACAGGAAAGAUGGGAAGCCAUUUGAUGAGUAUGAUGAACAGAUCACGGAAACCCUGACGCAGUUCCUGGGAUGGUCGCUUCUGAAUACAGACACUUAUGACAAAAUGAAUAAACUAGAAAGCAGGAAAAAUAUUGCUUCGGAAAUGCUAAUGUACCAUUCUAAGUGCACCGACAAAGAACUUCAGACCAUUUUGAAAACAAAAGAGAUGUUGGACAAAGAUACUGCAGAUUGUGAACAAAAAGAUAUGCUAAAGAUCUUGCAGGAAGAACUACCUGACCCAACUGACGUUCAGCUCUACGAAUUCCACUUCAGUGACUUGGAUGUUUCAGAAUUUGAUCUAAUCAAGUGUGGAAUUCGGUGCUUCUUUGAAAUAAAUGCAGUCUUAAAGUUCAAGAUACCAGCAGAUGUAUUGACCCGAUGGAUGUACACUGUCAGAAAAGGUUACCGUGAUAUUACCUACCACAACUGGCGCCAUGGAUUCAAUGUGGGGCAAACUAUGUUUACACUUCUGAUGACAGGUAAAAUAAAGAAGUACUACACGGAUCUCGAAGCUUUCGCUAUGAUUACAGCAGCAUUUUGUCAUGAUAUUGAUCACCGAGGCACCAAUAAUUUAUACCAGUUAAAAUCACAAGCAGCUUUAGCAAAAUUACACGGGUCUUCGAUUUUGGAAAGGCAUCACCUUGAAUACAGUAAAACAUUACUUCAGGAUGAGAGCUUAAACAUUUUUCAGAACCUGAAUCAACGUCAAUAUGAAACAGUCGUCCAUUUAAUGGAAGUUGCGAUAAUUGCUACUGACUUGGCCUUGUAUUUCAAGAAAAGGACAAUGUUUCAGAAAAUUGUAGACUAUGUUGAAAAAUCAGAGACUGAAGAAGAAGCAAUAAAGUAUAUUUCUUCUGAUCCAACCAAAAAAGAAAUUGUUAUGGCAAUGAUGAUGACAGGAUGUGACUUGUCAGCCAUUACGAAGCCAUGGGAAGUACAAAGCAAGGUUGCGCUUAUGGUUGCUAAUGAAUUCUGGGAACAGGGCGAUCUGGAACGAACAGUUUUACAGCAACAACCUAUCCCAAUGAUGGACAGAAACAAAGCAGAUGAACUCCCCAAGUUACAAGUUGGUUUCAUCGACUUUGUGUGUACCUUUGUGUACAAAGAAUUUUCAAGAUUCCACAAAGAAAUAACACCAAUGUAUGAGGGGCUCCAGAACAACAGAGUUGAAUGGAAAUUACGAGCUGAUGAAUACGAUGCAAAGAUGGCUUUGAUUGAAAAACAAAGGAAAGAACAAGAAGAAAUGGCAGUGAAAAAAGCAGUGAAUGGAGAAGUCGAAGCUGGAGAUGAAGGAAAGGAAGGCAAACGUGGUGGAAAAUCCAGAACAUGUGAAAUAUUUUAA